UCAUAGACUACCUCUCUUGCCGAGCAUAUUAGGACAUUCACGAGAAGGAUACAUUCUAUUUCCUCGAGACUCUUAUUCCAUUUGCAGAAAUGGAAAUAGAGAGAGUCACUCCACCACGAAUCAGUUUCCUCACGACCAUGAGUGCCGCGGGAGUUCUGUUGCUGUCGUUGCUAAGCCUGGCCGACGGGGGGGGCCCUCAGUGCAUCUCCAAGAACGACGAGAUGUCCCCUCCUCCUCGCCCGGACCUCGGCCACAUCGCCCCCUUCAGCGUCGCGCUCUUCAGGGAGGUCCUGCCGUCGAAGGGAAACUUCGUGUUCUCGCCCUACAGCGUGUGGACCGCCCUCGUCCUGGCCUACUUCGGGUCCGGCGGGAACACCCAGACCCAGCUGGAGCAGGUCCUCCAGCUCACCAACAAGGCGGAUACCCUGGCCUUGUACAGAGCCGUGACGGAACUACACGAGGCGCAGGACAGCAAGCCCAACUACACCCUCAAUGCUGCUAACAAGCUUUUCGUGCAGGAAUACUACCCAAUUUUCGAGUGUGUUCGUCACGUGCUCGCCAACAUGCUGCAGACUGUCAAUUUCCGAAGGUCUCAUAAAGCAGCGGAGAUUAUCAACCAGUACGUUCGAGACACGACUCGCGGCAAAAUCUCGCAACUCGUGAGACCGCGCGAGAUUUCCCGAGCACAUAUCGUCCUCGCCAAUGCCGUUUACUUCAAAGGGUUGUGGGAGCAGCAGUUCCAGCCUGACAACACCCACCUGGAGAAGUUCUAUCCCGCUCCGGAUCAGCACGCCUUUGUUGACAUGAUGACACAGGAAAAUAAGUUUCCGAUCGGUUACUCGGGCGACCUGGACGCGCAAGUCCUGGAGAUCCCCUACCGAGAGCGAGGAGCCUCCCUGUUCGUGUUCCUCCCGCGGGAUCGCAACACCGGCCGCGAGCUGGACGACAUGCUGCGCCAGUUCCAGCCGGCUUCGCUCAGGCCUGCCAUCGGGAACCUGGUCAAGCGCGACGUCCUCCUAAAGUUCCCUAAGUUCAGACUCGAGAACAGCCUCAGGAGUGAGCUCACGGGGGCUCUCAUCCGCCUGGGCAUCGAGGACCUGUUCACCACGGAUGCCAACAUGCGAGGCUUCUUCCCGACGGGCGGCCUGAAGGUGAAGGACGGCGUGCACAAGGUAAUGGUGGAGUUCACGGAGGAGGGCGCCGAGACCAGCCCGAUCCAGACGAAGGUGUUCGGCCGCCUCUCCCACCCCCCUCGCCGCGUGCCCUUCGUCACCAACCGGCCCUUCCUCUUCCUCGUCCUCGAUAACUACACCAAUAGUAUCCUCUUCCUGGGAGUGUUUAGAAAGCCUUAGUAUUAGC